AUGGACAACUACAACCAGCCCUUCUGCGAGGAAGCUCCAGCCCGCUCCCUUCUCUGCAGAGCCGUUGGGCUUUUCACCGGGGACAUGCAUCUCUGCAGAGAAUGGGUGAAAAGACAGGCUGUGGUAAUCCAGCUGCUGGACUGGAUUUUCCGAGGGGUGGCCCAGGUCAUGUUUGUCAACAACCCCCUCAGCGGGCUGCUCAUCACGGCCGGCCUCUUCCUGCAGAACCCUUGGUGGGCUCUGAACAGCCUGCUGGGUACCCUCGCGUCGACUGUGUCUGCCAUGUUACUGGGACAAAACAGGGAAGCUGUAUCAGCAGGUUUAUACGGCUACAAUGGAACCUUGGUGGGCAUGCUGAUGGCUGUUUUUUCAGCCAAAGGGAGUUGGUACUGGUGGCUGCUGUUGCCAAAUGUGUUCAUGUCCAUGUUGUGCCCGGUGGUCUCCAGUGCUUUGUCCUCACUUGCCAGCAAAUGGGACCUCCCAGUAUUCACCCUGCCCUUUAAUAUUUUGGUGUGUCUGCACGUUGCAGCUACAGGAGCCAAUCACCCCUACUUUCCAGAGCUAUUCCUGUCAGUGCCAGUCGGUGUUGGCCAGGUGUAUGGCUGCCACAGCCCUUGGACAGGAGGUCUCAUCCUUCUGGCCCUGCUGCUUUCCUCACCAACUAUCUGCUUUCAUGCCAUGUUGGGCUCUGCUGCUGGCGUGCUGUCUGGACUUGCUCUGGCAGCUCCUCACAAGGACAUUUACUCAGGGCUGUGGGGAUAUAACAGUGUCCUGUCGUGCAUUGCCAUUGGAGGGGUCUUCUAUGUUCUAACGUGGCAAACCCAUCUACUGGCUCUAAUAUGUGCACUUUUCUGUGCAUACAUGACUGCAGCGAUCUCAAAACUGAUGUCUAUGCUGGCAUUGCCAGCCUGCACGUGGCCUUUCUGCCUGUCCGCUUUCAUCUUUCUCCUCAUUUCCUCUGAGAUCCCAGCCAUCUGCAGACUGCCUCUUUCUGCGGUCUCCUACCCCGAGGAGAAUCGCCGCCACCGGAGACAAUUAAAGGCCUCGGAGAAAGCUCGGCACAGUCAGCAGAGCAGCAGCCAAGAAGAGGCCCAGCUGAAGGAGAGUGGAGGUCCAAAUGUCCAGCUGUCUGUGGAGGAAAAAAAAGAACUCUCUGUUCUGUGUCGUGACUGUCUGCUCGGCUCUGCCUUCAAGAACUCCGGAAACAAGUCUCGAGAUGGACAAGGAGGCCGCAACAUCCGCGUGAUCAUCGCCGGCGAACCAAUGGCCUUCCGCCGAGCGAUCCGAGGACACCGGCAUCCCCUGCCGCGCGUGAGGAAAUGGGCGGGCCCGGGGAAAGCUCGGUCACGCCGCGUGGGCGGGUGA